AUGAAGUGUAUCGUCUGUGAAGCUGACAAGGCAAGCUAUCGGUGCCGAACGUGCCGCUCUGCCUACUGCUCCUCGAAGUGCUACAAGAAACACCGCAUGCCGAGAGCAGAGGCUUCAGCGGAGGUGGCACAAGGCAAUGCAACGACGUCGUCGCUUGCUUAUCUCUGUGAAACCGUGGUGGCUGCCCAGCUCCCCGAGAUGGAGCGCCCGGAGAAGCGGCGGCGCGCUGAGGCCGAGGCGGACGUCUUCUUAGAUACGCCGCGGGAGAGGGCCGCUGCCGCUCACCGCUCAGAGCACGACGCGCCGCCGUCAUCGACUCCGCCGUCUGUGGAGGACUCGGCAAAAACCGCGACAGGAGUGUCGGAGGAAAACGAGACUGUUGGUGCUGGACCGCAGCCCCCGGCACCGGAGGAGUAUGCUGGAGACGCUGGCGCAGUGUAUACCCUACAGGAGAAGCAUCUCUGUGCCUUGGAAGGCCACCCGCGGGUGCGAAGUGCUCUGUGCAGUCCGUCAUUGCAGAAGCUCAUCAAAACGAUUGACAGUAGUCGCUCCCGGUUGGACGCGCUGGAGGCUGCCCAGUAUAACAACGCGGAUUUCAAGGAAUUUUGUAUUGAGGUGAUUCGCGUAAUUGCGGAGGUGGAGGGUCGAUGA